AUGACCCCGAGGGUGCUGCUGCCCCUGUUGUUGCUAGGGGCUCUGGAGGCGCGGCUCUUUCCGGGCGCCUACGGCUCGGAGGCGGAGGGCCGGCUCCGCGACAAACUUUUCUCGGUCUAUGACAGUUCGGUUCGCCCAGCGCGGGAGGUGGGAGACCGCGUACGGGUCAGCAUUGGUCUCACCCUGGCGCAGCUAAUAAGUCUGAACGAGAAAGAUGAGGAGAUGUACACAAAGGUGUACUUAGACCUGGAGUGGACUGACUACAGGCUGCGCUGGGACCCAUCGGAGCACGACAGCAUUGAUUCACUUCCCAUUGCUGCUGAAUCUGUGUGGUUACCGGACGUCGUGCUGGUUAACAACAAUGACGGGAAUUUUGACGUCGCUUUGGAUGUUAAUGUCGUGAUUUCCUCCGAUGGCUCUGUGCGCUGGCAGCCUCCGGGUCUCUAUCGCAGCAGCUGCAGCAUCCAGGUCACCUAUUUCCCCUUUGACUGGCAAAACUGCACCAUGGUGUUCAGUUCCUAUAGCUACGAUGCCUCAGAGGUCAACCUAUGGACAGGUCUGGGUCCUGAUGGACAAGAGCGGCAGGAAAUCCACAUUCAUGAAGGCACCUUCAUUGAGAAUGGCCAAUGGGAGAUUAUUCAUAAACCCUCUAGGCUUGUUCAACCUCUAGGGAAUCCUAGGGGAGGAGGGGAAGGACAGCGUGAGGACAUCACCUUCUAUCUCAUCAUACGUCGGAAGCCUCUCUUCUACCUGGUCAACGUCAUUGCCCCAUGCAUCCUCAUCACUCUCUUGGCCAUCUUUGUUUUCUAUUUGCCUCCAGAUGCAGGGGAGAAGAUGGGGCUCUCGAUCUUUGCCCUGCUGACUCUUACUGUAUUCCUGCUGCUACUGGCAGACAAAGUGCCUGAGACCUCCCUAUCAGUCCCCAUCAUUAUCAAGUACCUUAUGUUCACUAUGGUUCUCGUCACCUUCUCGGUCAUCCUUAGCGUUGUAGUCCUCAACCUGCACCACCGCUCACCCAACACCCACCAAAUGCCUCUUUGGGUUCGACAGAUCUUCAUCCACAAGCUUCCACGAUAUUUAGGUCUGAAAAGACCCAGACCUGAGAGAGACCAGAUGUUGGAGCCCUCUCUGGUAGCCCUCAGGGAUUCCCCAGGAAGUGGCUGGGGUCGGGGAACCGAUGAAUAUUUCAUUCGAAAGCCGCCAAGUGAUUUUCUUUUCCCCAAACUCAACAGAUUCCAGCCUGAACUGACUGUUCCCGACCUGCGGCGAUUUAUUGACUGCCCAAACCGGACUGCGGGCCUGCCUCCCGAAUUACGGGAGGUCGUUUCUUCAAUCAACUACAUGGCUCGACAGUUGCAGGAGCAAGAGGACCACGAUGCUCUGAAGGAGGACUGGCAGUUUGUGGCCAUGGUAGUGGACCGCCUCUUCUUGUGGACCUUCAUCAUCUUCACAAGCGUCGGGACCCUGGUCAUCUUCUUGGAUGCCACGUACCACUUGCCUCCUCCUGACCCCUUUCCUUGA